AUGAGCUCGGAGCUAGUCCAACAAUCACAAUUGGAGUUUGCGUCGAGGAUUUUGAAGGAAGUGGCGACAACAAACCCAGAGAAUGUUGUGGUAUCUCCAAUAUCAAUUUUGACAGUAUUGUCUAUGGUGUACAGUGGAGCUGGCAAUGAGACGAAGGAGGAGUUCAAUGAGGUUUUGGGAUUCAGUAAGUACUUUAUUUAGUUUUAAAAUGUUGUUGGUUAGAUAUGGCAUUUUUGGAUAGGAUAUUGUAUUGUAACGUAAGCACAGCAUUCCGAACUUUUAGAAAAAAUGUCGGUUGUAAUUUUUGGGUUAAAAAUGAAAACUAGUCUAAACAUAUAAGAGAAAAAACAAGAAAAUAAACAAAAAAUAAAUAAAAAAUCUUAUUUUUAAUAUAUAGAAAAAAUUUUGGGCUUUUUAAGCAUAUACAGUUCAUAUAUGUUUAGUAAGUUUGAAAUUUUGAAUGAUUUUUUAAUUUUUUGCUUACUUUAGUUUUUAACUAUUUAAAGUUGACCUUUGGAAUUGGCUUUAGGCAUUGUUUUUAUGCUCAUUUUGUAGCAUUUUUUAAAGCUCUACAAAAUGAAGGUAAUCAUAAUCGAUUUUUAACUAAGUUUUUUUUGUUAUACUCCAUAAGCUUGUUUUUACAGUACAAAUUGAAAUAUAACACGACAUAACUUAAAAGUACAAAAAAUUAAUCAAAAAUUGCUCUGUCAGAACUGUUUGUAAUCGUAUCAAGAAUGUUUUUGCUAAAUUUGACAUUUUUUGGACUCGAAACACAAAAGUUAUUAAUCGUCAAAAAUUAGUAGUACUAUUACAUUGACUGUUUGUUAAAAUUUUACUAAUUCUUUUACAAACAGGUUAGGAGUAGGGUCAGGUAGAGCUAAAAAGGCCAGGGGUAAGGCUAAAAAGGUCAGGGGUAAGGUCAGUUAAGGCUACAAAAUAAUUUUCAUUUUAUUUUAUAUUUAAAUCUCAACAUUUUGUAAAGAAUUAGUAAAAUUUUAACAAACAGUCAAUGUAAUAGUACUACUAAUUUUUGACGAUUAAUAACUUUUGUGUUUCGAGUCCAAAAAAUGUCAAAUUUAGCAGAAACAUUCUUGAUACGAUUACAAACAGUUCUGACAGAGCAAUUUUUGAUUAAUUUUUUGUACUUUUAAGUUAUGUCGUGUUAUAUUUCAAUUUGUACUGUAAAAAAAAGAUUGUGGAGUAUAACAAAAAAACCUUAGUUAAAAAUCGAUUAUGAUUACCUUCAUUUUGUAGAGCUUUAAAAAUGCUACAAAAUGAGCAUAAAAACAAUGCCUAAAGCCAAUUCCAAAGGUGAACUUUAAGUAGUUAAAAACUAAAGUAAGCAAAAAAUUAAAAAAUCAUUCAAAAUUUCAAACUUACUAAACAUAUAUGAACUGUAUAUGCUUAAAAAAGCCUAAAUUUUUUUCUAUAUAUUAAAAAAUAAGAUUUUUUAUUUAUUUUUUGUUUAUUUUCUUGUUUUUUUCUUAUAUGUUUAGACUAGUUUUCAUUUUCAACCCAAAAUUUACAACCGACAUUUUUUCUAAAAGUUCGGAAUGCUGUGCGUAAGGUAAAUUAUUGACUCUUUCAAACUUUAGAUGGAGAAGACGAAGAAUGGAACAAGUACUUCUCCAGCCUCUUAACCGCCUUUAAUGUCAAAGAAAAGCCUUAUACUCUUAACAGUGCUAACAAAUUGUUUAUCAAGAAUGGAUACGAUCUAAAAGAAGGGUUUAAAAAGACAAUGGAAGAAUACUUUGGAAGUGAAUAUGAAGAACUGGACUUUAACAAUACUGUGGAGAGUGUUGGGACUAUUAACAAGUAUGUUGAGGACAAUACGAAUGGAAAGAUAAAAGAUUUGCUGGAAGCGAGCUCUAUCAGUGAUUUAACAAAGUAAGUGAAAGAGUUGAGGUUUGUGGGUAUUGUGAUAAGGAUUUGAAGAUUUUAAGGAAUACAGUAGUCAAGGAUGACAAGUUUUUUUUUGGUUUUUGAUGGCUAUUUGCAUUGUUUGAGGUAUCGGUCUAAAAGUCAUUAAUUGUAAUAGUAUGGUUCAAACAAUGUAACGUUCAUAAUACUUUUAGGUUGGUUGUAGUCAAUGCUUUGUACUUUAAAAGUGCAUGGGUCAAGAAGUUUAACAAAGACUUGACAAAAGACAAAAACUUCUUUGUAAAGGAAGAUACUGCAAAAACUGUAAGUUAUGAUUUAAAUCUUUCAUCUUUCAAAUCACACAAUAAAGGCGUUUUUUAAAUUAUUUUUUAUGUUCAAAGUUCAAAAAUUUAAAAAAAAUUAAAGCCUUAAAUUUAGUUGUUACUUUUAAAAUUUUAAUGCAAAGACAGGUUUUCAAAGACAUUAAAGACAACUUUAAUAACUUCUUUAGGUAAAAAUGAUGCACCAAAGAGAUCGCUUUAUCUACUAUGACAACGACGAGUACCAACUCUUGGGCCUACCCUACGCUGGCAAUGGAGUAUUCCUCUAUAUUGUACUGCCUCAGGAAAAGUUUGGUCUCGACGAUCUUCUGAAGUCAUUGGACGGUAAAAAGUUGAGUCAAAUAGUUGGUAAACGUCACAAGGUUGAAGUUAAAGUUGACCUGCCCAGAUUCAAGAUCAACACAAAAAGUAAAUUGAACGAAGCCAUGAAGAAUAUUGGCUUGGAGAAGGGAUUCGGCCAAGAUCCAGAGUUUACAGAAAUCGCUGAGGAAAGGUUGAAAAUCGAUCAGUUGCUUCAUCAAGUGUUUAUUGAGGUAAGGUAUUGGUGAGAUUAAGAUGGGGAUAUAAGAUACUGGUAGUUUGUGGUACUUAUAUUGUUAUAGCAUGCUGGUUUUUUAUAGUAAAAUGUAGUUGUUUGGUCAGAAGGAAAGAUGUAAUUUAAGGGAAUUUUAAGUAUGUUUUUUCACGUUCGUCGUAUUCAUACGACCCACGAGAUGUUUUUUAAUACAAAAUUAAACUUUUUUGAAUUCAUUAUCAAAGAGAAGUGUUUUCUGAUUAAACUUACUUCAUGUUUAUUGAUAAUGCAAAGAACGAUCAUGAAUAAUGUUAUUAUAGCCUAAAAAUGUGCUUAUUAACAUAAAACAACGAAAUUUAGUCAAUUUGUAUGGUAAUCAUUUACAUUUUUAUGUUUUACGAGAAUUUGUUCAAAGGUUAAGUGUACGGCCUAUUUAUGAUUAUGUCCACGACCUUAUUUAUGCUGUAUUUAAGAUGAUAUGACUAAAAUUGAUGUAUUCAACAUGAUAGGAUUAUAAUUAUAAUAACCUUAAUUAAAAUUCAAAUUUUCAGACGAAUGAAGAAGGGUCAGAAGCCGCGGCAGCUACUGGAGCCGUGGUGAAUUUGUUGUCAGCGAUGCCAAUGGAAGACCCACCAACUUUCAUCGCUGAUCACCCAUUCCUCUUCUUGGUAGCCACCAAAUACAAUGAUAUACUCUUUUCCGGUGUUAUCCGAGAUUUCUAA